AUGGCAGUCGAGCAAGUCCCGAUUUGUCAGACGAGAUUCAAGCUGAACAAUGGGACCUCCAUCCCAGCCAUAGGCCUAGGCACCUGGCAAGGCCGCCACGGCGCCGCGGACGAAGAUCAACUGCGCGAUUCGAUCGUUCACGCCCUGCGUUCCGGGUACCGGCUCAUCGACACCGCCACGCUGUACGGCGUCGAGCACAUCGUCGGCCAGGCCAUCCGCGCGAGCAGCGUGCCGCGCGAGGACAUCACCGUCGUGACCAAGUUCUGGGGGGACAUGCACCACGACCCGGCGACGUCGCUGCAGCGGUCGCUGACAGCGCUGGGGCUGGAGUACGUCGACAUACUGCUGAUGCACUGGCCGUGCGCGCUGACGCCGGACGGGAAAAAGCCGCUUAUGCCGGACGAGUCCCCCACGUACGUCGAGACGUGGAAGUUGAUGGAGAAGCUGGUCGAUGGCAGCAACAGCGAGACGGCCAAGCAGUGCAGGGCCAUCGGCGUCAGUAACUUCACGCAGAAACUGCUCGAUGUCCUGCUGAAAGAGGCGACGAUCGUGCCGGUCGUGAACCAGGUGGAGUUGCAUGCGCUGAACCCGAAUUUCAAUCUCGUGCCCUACUGUCAGUCCAAGGGUAUCCAAGUUAUGAGUUGGAGCACCCUCGGAGGCCGCCACGCGCCCCAGAUCCUAACACACCCGCUCUUCGUCAACAUCGCCAAGAACCACAACUGCUCGCCCGCAGUGGUAUCGCUGUCGUGGGCAGUGCAGCGCGGCAUCGUCGUGAUACCCAAGAGCGGCACGCCGGCCCGGAUCGAGGAGAACAUCCGGCUGGUGACGCUGACGGAUGAGGAGAUGGAGACGAUGAACAACGCGCAUCGCACGGUGGGAAAGGUUCGCAUCUCGGAUGGGAUCACCUCCCUGCAGUACGAUAUCCCCGGAAAAGGCGUCACGCUGCUCGGGUGGACGAACCAGGAGUUUGGGUUUGAGGAUGAGCAGGGGAAUUGGUUGACGUAG